CUUUCAGCGGCGACGUUUUGUCGGGUUGGUGCAGAUGUCGCUGCUCAUAACCUCUAUAACUUGUAUUGAUUUUGACGAAUUAUAAACACUUCGCCAACAUAAAUAGGAUUUCCGAAAGGGAAAAGAAGUGCUGCGAAGUGCGAGUGUUGUGAAUAAUCUUGCCGUAACAUGUCGGAAGUAAGGAAACGAAAAGAAUCGGACGCGAAGCCGCUAGAAUCAGCUGAGAGCGAUCAUCUUGACAGUGAAGAUGAUAAAAAUGAUUUGGGGCAAGCUCCAGAUUUAUCCAAAACAAUACCAACUGGAACUGACAAAACCCCUGGCAUAUUGUCCAUAUUUUUGGACAAUUUACCUGAUAGAUGGAGAAAUUGGUUUAUAAGGGGCAUUUUUACCAUGAUUAUGAUUGUUUUCUUCUUUUUGGUCAUAUAUGGGGGACCAUUGGCUCUAAUGGUCACAACUUUGACAGUACAAGUGAAAUGUUUUCAAGAAAUUAUCAACAUUGGAUAUGCUGUGUACCGUAUCCAUGGUUUACCAUGGUUUAGGUCACUUUCAUGGUAUUUUUUGAUAACCUCAAACUACUUUUUCUAUGGAGAAAGCUUUGUGGAUUACUUUGGAGUGUUGAUUAAUAGAACUGAUUUUCUCAGGGUUUUGGUGACCUACCACCGCUUUAUAUCUUUCUGCUUGUACUGCGGCGGAUUCGUGUGGUUCGUUUUGAGCCUCGUGAAAAAAUACUACAUAAAACAAUUCUCGCUAUUCGCGUGGACGCACGUCGCACUUCUGAUAGUGGUCAUACAAUCCUACUUGAUAAUCAAAAACAUCUUCCAAGGAAUGAUUUGGUUCAUAGUCCCAGUUUCCAUGAUCAUUUGCAACGACAUUAUGGCCUACGUGUUCGGUUUCUUCUUCGGUAAAACGCCGUUAAUCAAGUUGAGUCCCAAGAAAACGUGGGAAGGAUUCAUUGGGGGAGGAAUUUCCACCGUCUUUUUUGGAUUGGGGAUUUCCUAUGUGAUGUGUCAAUACCCAUAUUUCGUGUGCCCAAUCGAAUACAGCGAGGCUACGGAACAGAUGACGGUCGAUUGCGAGCCUUCCGCGAUCUUUAGGCCUACCAGUUACAGUUUGCCCGGAUUUUUGUCACUGCUUGGAAUGCCGGAGACGAUUUCCAUUUAUCCGUUUAUGCUUCACUCCUUAUCGCUGUCUAUUUUUAGCAGCGUGAUCGGGCCUUUUGGCGGGUUCUUUGCCUCCGGGUUCAAGAGGGCAUUCAAAAUUAAGGACUUUGGUGACGUUAUUCCGGGUCACGGAGGCAUCAUGGACCGUUUCGACUGUCAAUUCUUGAUGGCAACGUUCGUCAACGUCUACAUCAGCAGCUUCAUCCAAACCGACAGCCCGCAAAAACUGCUGUCGCAAGUUUUGUACCUGAAGCCCGAGCAGCAGCUGCAGCUGUUCCACAUGCUGAAGGAAUCUCUGGAAAAUCGAAACAUCUUGGCCGGCACCCCGUAAUUAUAUUCCUUUUAUUUUAGUUUUGCCAGCCCGGUUGCCUUGAAAAAUAGGUUGUGGAACCUAAGAAUAUAUUUAUUUGGACUGAAUUUUGCAGCAGCUGGGCUAAAUAAUUAUUUAUUAUUUAUACAUAAUAAUAAAAGUAUGAAAGCGGGUCCAAAAGUUUUUGGCGUACAAAGGGUUUCCCAAUAAAUACAAAAUUGUCAUCAACAUUAAAUGAAACUUGAAUUUUGAAUAAAAGAUAGUUGGGACACUCUUUAAAAUCAAGCAUGAUAUUUACUGUUUAUCUAGAUGUUUAAAAACACCGUAUAUAUUGUAUAUUUUUAUUUUCUAGUCAUAAAAAUAUUGUUUUAAUAAUUUAUGUGCUUCCCAGUUUUACUAUACUAGUCUGAUUUACAUUAAGCACAUUAAAAAAAUGAACCUGAAAAAAGUGUUGUUCUCAAAUAAUAUUUAGUAUUUAUUUUGUACUUAUUUUACAAAAUUACCAUGCAUUUAAUCAUUAUUAAUGCUUUUAAACGUUCAUAAAGUUAUCGCAAAGAAAAUUAGCAAUCAGCAUAUCACACACAUUGUUUUAAGUUUAAUUAAAAGUCAAUUUAAAUGAUUACAGGGUAAAAUCGACUGAAUUUUUUUUUAACAAAUUGUUUAUGAAUUUUUAAAAGCAAAACAAUUCCAUUUA